UUCAAAUGCCUUGGAAACAGGAAUCAGAAUUUACAAAGAGGGAUAAAGCUGCCAGAGUCAUUCAGAAGGCCUGGAAAAGUUUCCUUAAUGUUGCUGUAUUCCAACACUUUAAAAGUCUAAUUGAUAUAAGAAGACAAGGGGAGCCACGUCAGAUAGUGAGAUAUAUUAAUCCUAAAGAGGCAGAGCUUCUAGAUGCUGCUGCUGGCAUUCAUGUACGAUUCAGACUAGGUGGUGUUAAAUUUCCACCUGAAAUAUACUAUAAGAUUUUCACUCACAGACAUGUUGAAGAUCUGUGUGCUAAUAGCCCUAGAGAUUACACAAAACUUCCCGUAAAACAUACAUCUCAUAUUAAAAGCGAUAAUCUUCAGGAAGAGGAUCAAAGUGGCUGGUAUCGUCGUAUAGAGAACAAUGGCUGGAGGCCUGUUUCUGAUAGAUUUUGGAUGUCUACUGAAAAUGUAAUGGUGGGAGACAAAAAGGAAAGUGAAUUCCAUUUCUCUAAGCUGAAGAGAAGGCAAGAUAUGGAAAAGAAAAGAAAAAUUAGAAAAAUAGAGUGGAUGAGGCAAAUGUACUACACAGGAAACCUGGAGGCUAAGUCAACAAAUCGUGAAACUCUAGGUUUAAUUCACACAGCAACGGAAGGACUAAUAAGAGCUAUUGAAGAUGGUGGAAUAGAUUCUGUGAUGGAAUGGGAAGUGGAUGAAGUGCUGAACUGGACAAAUGCACUGAACUUUGAUGAGUACAUUGCCAACUGGAAGGAAAUUGCUACAAGCAACUCUUCAGCUAACUUCAAAAGUUUCAGGUUUGAUCAACCACAGAAAAAAAUACAUGACUAUGAAGAUUUAUCUGAGGCAGAAAUGGGAACACCAGAAGAUACUUCAUAUAAAAAUACUUAUGAUGAACCAAAUUUUACCAGACCAACAGCUGAUUCCACUUAAAGAAUAUAAAUAUAGAGUGUUUUCUUUUCUCUUUUGAGCUAUAGCCCUUCAAGUCCUGAUUCCCAUCAGUUACAGUCAAGGGAUAGUUUAUUCUCACUGGAAUGACUUGUAUAUUCUUGGCAUCGAAUCUACCCCAAUUAAGUAAAAAAGGUUAUACAGAAAUAGAGCAUUGGACUGAAUACAGGGGUCAUGGAAAAUGUGGAAAUUACUUCUGGUAUUCUGAGAAACUGUAGUAUUCUAACAGUUUAAGUCACACUUAAAUAAAGAUAUUAUACUGAGGUGCAAAAAAAUCUUCAGAUUGAUUUUUUUCUUCAUUUGAAGCAUUCUUUAU